AGAGCAAGACCCUGUCUCUAAAAAACAAAAGAAGAAAAAAGGAAAUGUGGGUUUUUUUUUUUUUACAAAAAAGGCCUCUCAGUAUCCAAACUAUCAUUAAUUGGACAACUGCCUAUUUGGAUGAAGCAAAAAGCAAAUUCACCUGGAUUCUAGUUAUAGAGACAAUGUGAAUAGAACUUUAGAAAUUCAGUUCUUACAGAUCUGGUUCUAAGUAUGGUAAUGGUACCAUGAACUUCAUAGCUGUGCCCCUGAGGAAAGGAUUUAAGAAUGCCAAAUAAAAAGUUUUCUAUUAAGAGAAGUAAAUCUUAGAGAAAAAAAUUAACAGCAGUUGUUAAAAUAUAUAAGAGCAUACAGAAAAGUGAGUUGGAUCAUAAUAUAUUAAUAUAAACUUAAGUAUAGUUGUGCAUAUUCAUUAAUAUUUCAGUCCAGAUCAGUUCAUCUGAGUCAGUACUAAGACUUUUGUAUUCUGUAAAAUAUAUUCUCUCCUUUGAUGCUAGGUCAAUGAAAACACCAAGAUUCUUAAGUAGGAGAAAAACAUGCACACAUAUAUGAUGUUGAUGUGUCAUUACCAAAUAAAAGCACACAUAUUUGCAUAUAUAGUUAAUUUUAAUUUUAAUAUGCCAUUGCUUAAUGAAAUACAUAUUUAGAUCUUUAAAGAGAUGCUUAUCAGCCACCCAGAGUUUACUAAACUUAAAGAUGUUCAGACUCUGAAUUUGCUAAUUUCUGUGUUACUAAGAGGUUAAUUAUCCUUAGCUUCCUGAAUCUCAUCCCUUUCCAAUUUUGCAACUCAGUAAAAGAAAGAAAAAGAGAAACUAUGCAUAAGCCCACAGUUAGAGUAAAAAAUAGGUCAAACUCCUCCUCUCACAUGAUCCUUUUAUUGGUUCCUCCAACCUACUCUGCAUUCCUUUUUCUUUAAAUCAUCAUGGUACAUUCACUCAUUUUCCUUUUGGCUGUGAGCCCUUUAAGCAUGAUAACUACUGAGCAACUGUUACAGAUGCUGCAGCUGUCAUAGGUUCUGCAAGUUUGUGUCUAGAUUCUUAAAUGCAUUUAGUUUAUGAUGGCUUUAAGUAUUAAUCAUGGCUUCUGACUCAAACCCAGCCUUUGAGGAUACUCUUCGAGCUCCAGUGUGCUGCUCUGCUCGUUACAACUUAGCAAUUUUGGCCUUUUUUGGUUUCUUCAUUGUGUAUGCAUUACGUGUGAAUCUAAGCGUUGCAUUAGUGGAUAUGGUAGAUUCAAAUACAACUUUAGAAGAUAAUAGAACUUCCAAGGCAUGUCCAGAGCAUUCUUCUCCCAUAAAAGUUCAUCAUAAUCAAACGGGUAAGAAGUACCAAUGGGAUGCAGAAACUCAAGGAUGGAUUCUCGGUUCUUUUUUUUAUGGCUACAUCAUCACACAGAUUCCUGGAGGAUAUGUUGCCAGCAAAAUAGGGGGGAAACUGCUGCUAGGAUUUGGGGUCCUUGGCACUGCUGUCCUCACCCUGUUCACUCCCAUUGCUGCAGAUUUAGGAGUUGGACCACUCAUCAUACUCAGAGCACUAGAAGGACUAGGAGAGGGUGUCACAUUUCCAGCCAUGCAUGCCAUGUGGUCUUCUUGGGCUCCCCCUCUUGAAAGAAGCAAGCUUCUUAGCAUUUCAUAUGCAGGAGCACAGCUUGGGACAGUAAUUUCUCUUCCUCUUUCUGGAAUAAUUUGCUACUAUAUGAAUUGGACUUAUGUCUUCUACUUUUUUGGUGCUGUUGGAAUAUUUUGGUUUCUUUUGUGGAUCUGGUUAGUUAGUGACACACCACAAACACACAAGAGAAUUUCCCAUUAUGAAAAGGAAUACAUUCUUUCAUCAUUAAGAAAUCAGCUUUCUUCACAGAAGUCAGUGCCGUGGGUACCCAUUUUAAAAUCGCUGCCACUCUGGGCUAUUGUAGUUGCACACUUUUCAUACAACUGGACUUUUUAUACUUUAUUGACAUUAUUGCCUACUUAUAUGAAGGAGAUCCUAAGGUUUAAUGUUCAAGAGAAUGGGCUUUUAUCUUCAUUGCCUUAUUUGGGCUCUUGGUUAUGUAUGAUCCUGUCUGGUCAAGCUGCUGACAAUUUAAGGGCAAAAUGGAAUUUUUCAACUUUAUGUGUUCGCAGAAUUUUUAGCCUUAUAGGAAUGAUUGGACCUGCCAUAUUCUUGGUAGCUGCUGGCUUCAUUGGCUGUGAUUAUUCUUUAGCCGUUGCUUUCCUAACUAUAUCAACAACACUGGGAGGCUUUUGCUCUUCUGGAUUUAGCAUCAACCAUCUGGAUAUUGCUCCUUCGUAUGCUGGUAUCCUCCUGGGCAUCACAAAUACAUUUGCCACUAUUCCAGGAAUGGUUGGGCCUGUCAUUGCUAAAAGUUUGACCCCUGAGAACACUGUUGGAGAAUGGCAAACCGUGUUCUAUAUUGCUGCAGUUAUUAACGUUUUUGGUGCCAUUUUCUUUACACUAUUCGGCAAAGGCGAAGUACAAAGCUGGGCUCUCAAUGAUCACCAUGGACAUAGACACUGAAGGAACCAAUAAAAAAUCCUGCCUCUAUUGAUGUAUUUUUAUGUAUCAGGUAACCUCAAAGUGCCUUCAGUAUUUUGUUGUGUAAGCAUUCUCUGUUUUUUUAAUUGUAUUAGAUUUUUAAGACCUAUAAUCAUGAAAUGUCACUAGUUGCCAGAUUAAUAAAAUGAACUAUAUUUAAUUAUGAAUAAUAUAUAUGCUAGGACUUCUACUGUAGGUUCACAUACCUGCCUGCAAGUUGGGCAACACGAAGUAGGAGAGUUCUAUUGAUUUUUUAGGGCCAUACUUAAGGGAAUGGGCUGAAACAGACCUCCUAACCUUGGCUUAAUGACACUAGUUGAUAAUUCUCAGGUAUUGAUAAACACCUGUUUUUGUCCACUUUCCUCAUAAAAAUUGUUGGCUCUGACACUUAGAUCUCAAACUUUAGCAUCUCCGUGGAGCUGCCAGCCACCGUAUAAUUUGGCCUGGCAACCGUACUGAGGGGAGUGUGCCCAGGCAGCUGCCAAGCACUCCCUCCUUGGCUUCAGGGCCAGAGUGCCCAGCAUUUAUCAGAGGCAGCAUCCAAGCUCAGAGCCUGUGUUCACUCUUCGGCUGGUGCCUUUCCUCUGAGGGGCUAUUAAUGUGUCAAUAAAGUCUUGAGAAGGCAGGAGCAGUGAGAUCCACUGCUGUGGUCUUGAUGCCUCCUCAAAUUUUCCCUUCCCAGCACAGAGGAAUAUCGGCUGCAUGCAGCCUGCAAAAGAAAAAUCUGAUGUGCAGUCAAUCACAAAUAAGAUCAUACUGGUUUAAAUCUACUCUCACAUGGACCACACUAUAAAUGUCUAAGUGCUGUGUUUGUUUGUUGGUAUUUUGUAAAGACAGGGUCUCACUUUGUUGCCCAGACUGGUUUUGAACUCCCAGCUUCAAGCCAUCCUCCUGCCUCGGCCUCACAAAGUGUUGGGACCACAGGCAUGAGAUACUGUGCCCAGCCUGUUCUGUGGUUUUUAAGCUGCACGAGAAUUGUUUUUUAAAUUAACUCUCAUUGUGUGUUCAGUCUGUCUUCAUCUAAAUUUGCAGUUGCAGUUUAAAGUAAAAGACCACAUCACCUGAGACUAGGGUCGUCAUCUUUACUUCUGGUUCCUGAAAUCAUAUUUUUCCAGUGGACCAUCCUCCAGUGGUUGUAGUUGUUGAGCAUGCUUUCAGAGCACCUAUAUGAUUUAAAACUUAGUUUAUGUUUUGUGUUCAACACUACCUGUAAUGUUUUAAUUAAAACUGUUUAAUGUGACUUGAAUAAUUUAUGUAAAUUCAUUUUUAAAUUUGUAAAUAGCUUUAAAUUGCUAUUGCAAUGUUUCUUUUAUAAAUCAUCAAAAUAAACCUUUCUGAAUU